AUGCUCUCUCACUACACUGGCAUGAAUCCAGGCGGCACGCCCGGAGUCUUACCUCCUCCGUAUUAUUGGUGGGAGGCCGGUGCCAUGUUCAAUGCUCUGAUUGAUUACUGGUAUUACACGGGCGACGACCGGUGGAACGACAUGAUCAUGCAGGCUAUGAUCUGGCAAGCAGGUGGCGAUGGGACAUUUAUGCCUCCCAAUCAGACACACGCCGAGGGCAACGAUGACCAGGCCUUCUGGGCCUUUGCUGCCAUGUCGGCCGCUGAACGAAACUUUCCCAAUCCGCCAGAAGGGCAACCAGGGUGGUUGGCCAUGGCUCAGGGGGUGUUCAACACCCAAGCCCCGCGAUGGAACACUGAGACCUGCGGUGGAGGUUUGAGGUGGCAAAUUUUUAGCUUCAAUAACGGAUACCAUUACAAAAACACCAUCGCCAACGGUUGCUUUUUCAAUCUAGCCGCGCGCUUGGCAAGAUACACGGGGAAUCAGACAUACGCCGACUGGGCCGUUCGAGUAUGGGACUGGACGGAAUCGGUCGGCUUCAUAACCGAAGAUUAUCUGUUCUUGGAUGGGGCGGACGAACUCAAAAACUGUACAGAGUUCAACUACCUCCAGUGGACGUACAACUCCGGGGUGUAUCUGUUUGGUGCCGCGAGCAUGUAUAACCUGACUGAUGGCGACCCCAUCUGGAAAGAACGAACGCAGCGCAUCCUUGACGCCACGAAGGUGUACUUCAAAAACGACGUGCUGUACGAACGAGCCUGUGAGCCCAUAAAUACUUGCGGGGUGGAUCAGCGGUCGUUCAAGGGGUACCUGGCCCGGUGGAUGGCAGCAUCCGCUCAAGUCGCCCCGUUUAUCCUUGACCAAGUGAUGCCCAAGCUACGCACCUCAGCAAGUGCAGCCGCUCGAACGUGCACCGGGGGAUCCGAUCACGCCACGUGCGGUAUGAAAUGGACCUCAGGGCAAUGGGACCAGAGUGACGACGUGGGCGUCCAGAUGUCCGUACUGGAGGUGAUGCAAGCGACCCUCGUGGGGGGCGUGGCUCCUCCGGUAACAGAGGACAACGGGGGUACCAGCAAGGGGAAUCCUAGUGCCGGAGCCGAGGCAACAGGCCCGCAACCCCAUAGCCGCCGAAUGAGCGUGGUCGUCAAUGAAGGUCCAAACUUCGAGGUUAAGGUCGAGAUGGUACCGGUCCCGGAGCCCGGUCCCGAUGACAUCCUGAUCCGGUUGAACGUCACAGGUAUCUGCUCCUCAGACCUCCAUAUGAUGCAAGGCGACCUAGGCACUCCACCGAUGUCAACGUUUGGCGUUCGCUCUCCAGGUCACGAGGGUGCCGGGAUUGUAGUGAAAGUUGGCGCCAAUGUGAAGAACUUCAAACUAGGCGAUCGGGCGGGCAUUAAACCACUUCUCGAUACGUGCGGUGCGUGCGAGUUGUGCUGGGGAGAUAAGGAGACGUAUUGUCGCACCGCUAUCCACGCUGGCUUGAUGGCACCUGGGACCUAUCAACAAUAUAUUGUCUCUCCCGCCCGAUAUGCUACGCCCAUCCCCGAUGGGAUUCCGGAUGAGAUUGCAGCCCCUAUUAUGUGCAGCGCAUCCACCAUCUAUCGCUCUUUGACGGAAUCCGCGCUGAAGCCGGGAAACUGGGCCGUGUUUCCUGGCGGUGGUGGUGGGGUGGGUAUUCAGGGCGUGCAGCUCGCUAAGGCGAUGGGUAUGCGUCCAGUUGUCGUGGACGCAGGUGAAUCGAAGAGGGCAUUGGCUUUGGAGAUGGGCGCAGAAGUCUUCGUCGAUUUCAUCGAAACGUCUGAUCCUGCUGCGGCUGUGAUUAAGGCAACCGAUGGUGUAGGGGCGCAUGGAGUAUUCGUCACAGCUCCUGCGGCCUACCGAACAGCGUUAUCAUACGUGGGUAAUCGUAUUGGAGCGGUUGUCAUGUGUAUUGGACUAGGUCCGACGGGCGCAAUGACGAUCGGGGAUGAUCCCAAUGCUUUUAUCUUCAAGAAUCUGACAGUCAAGGGGACCUUGGUAGGCAGUCGACAGGAUACGGUAGCGGCAUUAGACUUUGCUCGGCGGGGCAAGCUUCGGCAAAUUUGCGAAGUCUAUCCGAUUGACCGAUUGCCUGAAGCAGUAGAGAAGCUGCGAAAGGGGCAGGCCACGGGACGAAUGGCGGUUGACUUCAACAAGUAG